AUGGAUCAGCAAGAUUACGAAACGCUAGGAUCAUCGGAGAAUAAUCAACUCAGCCUUGCCUCUAUUAGCAGUAAGCUCAACGCUAAGGCUCCUGAGUUUGUCCCACGUUCGGCUUCUGUACCCUCGCAUUCACAGUCGCUGUCUCCGCCGCCUUCCCCGCCGGUGGUGCAGCGGGUUUAUAUGAGGCCUCCGUUCGUGUCGCGCCAAGUGGCGGUACAGAACUAUUAUCAAAAUGGGGUAAUGCCGUUUUAUGGGUACUUACAUCCAUCCAAGGAAUUGGUUAACGGAAUCCAAACCCCGGCAGCAUCUGCAGAAAUGGCUGACGUUAAUACUGCCGGUGCUACCGUUUCUAUCAAAAACGGAAUGCCAGAUGCUCAGCAGAAAAUUCUCAGUCAGGUGGAGUUUUAUUUCAGUGAUAUCAAUCUGGCUACCACCGAUCAUUUAUUUGGGUUCAUGAUAAAGGAUCCUGAUGGCUAUGUGCCUCUAUCUGUUGUCGCAUCAUUUAAGAAGAUAAAAAACGUUAUCAGUGGUGUUUCCCAACUUUCUAGUAUUUUGCGGAGCUCAAAAAAGUUGGUGGUUAGUGAAGAUGGCAAAAAGGUCAGACGCCAACAUCCGUUGACUGACUCUGACAUGGAAGAGCUACAAUCUCAUAUAGUUAUUGCUGAAAAUUUACCUGAGGACCAUUGCCACCAGAACCUCAUGAAGAUUUUCUCCUCCGUGGGAAGUGUGAAGUCAAUUCGUACUUGUCUGCCUCAGAAUUUCGAUGGUGAAGCAUCAUCAUCAUCACCUAGAACUGCGAAAGUGAAUGCAGUGCAUUUCAGGAACAAGUUGCAUGCGUUUGUCGAGUAUGAAUCUGUCAAGCUAGCAGAGAAAGCAGUCGUGGAACUAAAUGAUGAGGGCAAUUGGAGGAACAGUCUCAAAGUCCGUUUGCUGAUAAAGAAUGCAGUGAAAUCUGCUCAAGUGCGAGCAAAGAAGGUUCAUGAUGGUCAGUCCAAUGGUGAGAUAGAUGAGGCAGUUGUGCUAGAGGGAAAGCGGUUCAAGGAAAAACAUUUAGAGGAUCCAUUGCAGCAGUUAAAUGCUCAGCCGUACGAGUAUCAAUGGGAGGAUAACGCCAACAAUAAUUCACAUAGGAAAGCACACAAUUUUGUCACCAGCAAUGGCAGUGGGAAGGGCAAGGGGCGGGGGCGACCUCAGCAUCAUCAGAUCAAUGGAGGAAGUCUCUUGGGAUCUCCAGAGUUGGAUGCUUCUAUCUAUGCCGAGAAGCUGACUAUAGCCAAAGCAUCUCCUGUCCCUCGCAUGCCAGAUGGUACCAAGGGAUUCUCCAUGGGUCGAGGAAAGCCAUUGCAUGCAUUUGUCGAGUAUGAAUCUGUCAAGCUAGCAGAGAAAGCAGUCGUGGAACUAAAUGAUGAGGGCAAUUGGAGGAACAGUCUAAAAGUCCGUUUGCUGAUAAAGAAUGUAGUGAAAUCUGCUCAAGUGCGAGCACAGAAGGUUCAUGAUGGUCAGUCCAAUGGUGAGAUAGAUGAGGCAGUUGUGCCAGAGGGUCAGCGGUUCAAGGAAAAACAUUUAGAGGAUCCAUUGCAGCAGUUAAAGGCUCAGCCGUAUGAGUAUCAAUGGGAGGAUAAUGCCAACAAUAAUUCACAUACGAAAGCACACAAUUUUAUCACCAGCAAUGGCAGUGGGAAGGGCAAGGGGCGGGGGCGACCUCAGCAUCAUCAGAUCAAUGGAGGAAGUCUCUUGGGAUCUCCAGAGUUCUAUGCUGAGAAGCUGACUAUAGCCAAAGCAUCUCCUGUCCCUCGCAUGCCAGAUGGUACCAAGGGAUUCUCCAUGGGUCGAGGAAAGCCAGUAGCUAUCUCAACAGCUUGA